CGACAGAUUGUUCAAAUAAUCUCAAUUACAAAAGAGUUACAACCGACAUUACUACAAUCAUACACCAGCGCACAUGCACGCAUACACGUAUUUUACCAAGAACAACUCUAAAAACAUAUUAUAUUUGUUAAAAGUGCGACUUUUCACCAAGACCACGAGCAAGUUUUAAUAUGUACCAACUAGAAAACAAUUACUCGCAUUCUCUUUGUAUGAUAAAGCCACAUUAUUAUGAUUUUUUAUUUUAUAUAUUUUUUAGGCCCCCUGUUGUAUAUAUCAGCAAAAAUAGGGAUAAUCGAUAUAUAUAUAUAUUUGAAACGGUAAAUAAUAAGAAGAGUAGGCGUGUGCAGUGAUGGUAACUAAUUUUUGUUUGUCGGUAUAUACCUUGAUCGAAAAAAUAUACUUUUACUGUAAAGGUUUAAUACUCAUGAGAAAAAGAUGGUAAGAAUAGCGUCUGUACUUAUGGCUAUUGUAGAAAGCAUAUGUACAAAAGAAAAGCUUCCAUUUCAUGUUAAAUCGAGUAAUGAUAAAGGUGCGUUACAUACCAGAAACGAAAGCCAAUUUAUUGGUGGGGCAAGUUUUUGUUUACAAAUAAAGGGCUUUUAUACAUUAUAUACGCUUGGGAUAAUUCACGGUGAUUACAAUGGUUCAAAAAAUAAGAUACAAUAUUCUUAACUAAUAUGAAUUUUUAUUGUGAAAAGAGUUUAUUUUGAGUGAUAAUAGUAUUUGUGAUGGCAC